GUGGGAAGGGGACUUAAGCGGGGGUCUCUCUGUUUGACUUCCUUUUGUGGGGACCUGAGAGGACCUGCGGAGCGUCUCUGGGCACCCAAGUGCUCGAUGACCCGGGCAAGAAGCCGGCACAGCACCUGGACAAUUUGCCUACAUGAGAAAACAUUUUUUGAAGACAUUCAGAAGAAGAUUGUGCAUCUUUGAUGUGUACUUAUCACGCUAAGUGCUGAAAUUUGCCUGGCUCCCUGAUCUGACUUCCUUUAACAGCACCUCCCACAGAUGAAUGGAAGAAGAGCUUCCAGUUAAAAGAGAAGUGACCAAUAACAAGGACUUCAUGACCACCAUGGAGGGAACUUACUUCAUCAUGUGGUUGGUUACAAGUUUAGGAUUGUUGGGAGCCAUACAGCCAAUGGCAGCAGAAGAUAUUCGUUGUCAGAGAGCAGAACACCCAAUUAUCACCUAUAAAGAAAUUGUCCCCUGGUUACAUGAGUUCAGAGCGAAGAAUGCUGUGGAUUUCUCUCAGCUAACAUUUGACCCAGGACAGAAAGAACUUAUUGUAGGAGCCAGAAAUUACCUCUUCAGGUUGCAGCUUGAGGAUUUGUCACUGAUCCAGGCUGUGGAGUGGGAGUGUGAUGAAGCUACUAAAAGAGCCUGUUACAGCAAGGGAAAAUCUAAGGAUGAAUGUCAAAAUUAUAUCCGUGUACUCCUGGUGGGGGGUGACCGGCUAUUCACUUGUGGAACCAAUGCAUUUACACCGAUUUGCACCAAUCGAACGUUGAGUAACCUGACUGAGAUACAUGAUCAGAUCAGUGGUAUGGCUCGGUGCCCUUACAGUCCCCAACAUAACUCUACAGCCCUGCUUACUUCUGGUGGGGAAUUGUAUGCUGCCACAGCUAUGGAUUUCCCAGGAAGAGAUCCUGCCAUUUAUCGAAGCCUAGGAGUCCUCCCUCCUCUACGUACCGCACAGUACAACUCUAAAUGGCUAAAUGAACCAAAUUUCGUAUCAUCUUAUGAUAUUGGAAACUUCACCUAUUUCUUCUUCCGGGAAAAUGCUGUGGAGCAUGAUUGUGGCAAAACUGUUUUCUCCAGGGCUGCCCGAGUUUGUAAGAAUGACAUUGGAGGCCGAUUUUUGCUAGAGGAUACAUGGACCACGUUCAUGAAGGCUCGCCUGAACUGUUCCCGUCCUGGGGAAGUACCUUUUUACUACAAUGAACUGCAGAGCACUUUUUUCCUUCCUGAACUGGAUUUAAUCUAUGGGAUAUUUACCACUAAUGUGAACAGUAUAGCUGCCUCUGCUGUAUGUGUGUUCAAUCUGAGUGCCAUCUCUCAGGCAUUCAAUGGACCUUUCAAAUACCAGGAAAACUCUCGCUCAGCAUGGCUGCCUUACCCGAAUCCCAACCCCAACUUCCAGUGUGGUACAGUGGACCAAGGAUUGUAUGUGAACUUGACUGAAAGAAACCUUCAGGAUGCUCAAAAAUUCAUUCUUAUGCAUGAAGUAGUGCAGCCAGUUACUACAGUCCCUUAUUUCAUGGAAGACAACAGCCGGUUUUCUCAUGUUGCAGUGGAUGUUGUGCAAGGCAAAGACAUGCUUUUCCAUAUCAUCUAUCUGGCUACAGAUUAUGGCACAAUUAAGAAGGUCCUGGCCCCGAUGAACCUGACUUCCAGCAGCUGUUUGCUUGAGGAGAUUGAGCUGUUCCCUGAGAGGCAGAGGGAGCCCAUCAGGAGUCUACAGAUUCUGCACAGCCAAAGUGUUCUCUUUGUGGGUCUUCAGGAGCACGUGGCCAAGAUUCCCCUGAAGAGAUGCCCUUUUUAUAGCUCACGCAGUGCUUGUAUUGGAGCUCAGGAUCCCUACUGUGGCUGGGAUGUGGUGAUGAAGAAAUGCACAACCUUGGAAGAGAGCUUGAGCAUGAGCCAGUGGGAACAGAGUAUCUCGACAUGUCCAACAAGGAAUUUAACUGUGGAUGGAAAUUAUGGAGCCUGGUCACCAUGGAUACCCUGUACUCAUACAGAUGGCAAUAUGGUUGGUUCUUGCCUCUGUCGAACUCGUUCCUGUGAUAAUCCUUCUCCUCAGUGUGGAGGCUGGCAGUGUGAGGGCCCAAGCAUGGAAAUUGCUAAUUGUUCCAGAAAUGGAGGCUGGACUCCUUGGACUUCUUGGUCACCCUGUAGUACAACCUGUGGCAUUGGUUUCCAAGUUCGUCAGCGUUCCUGCAGCAACCCUACCCCUCGCCAUGGAGGCCGGGUGUGUGUGGGACAGAACCGGGAAGAAAGGAAGAUCAAUCCUGCAUUAUACUGUAAUGAACAUUUGCUGUGCCCCCCACACAUGUUUUGGACAGGCUGGGGUCCAUGGGAACGUUGCACUGCCCAGUGUGGGGGUGGGAUCCAAGCUCGACGCAGGACCUGUGAGAAUGGGCCUGACUGCCCAGGCUGUAAUGUGGAAUAUCAGCCUUGUAACACCAACUCAUGUCCCGAGCUGAAAAAGACCACACCUUGGACACCCUGGACUCCUGUCAACAUCUCUGACAAUGGAGGCCACUAUGAGCAACGGUUUCGUUACACUUGCAAAGCUCGACUGCCUGACCCUAAUUUGCUGGAGGUGGGAAGGCAAAGAAUUGAAAUGCGUUACUGUUCUAGUGAUGGUACCAGUGGCUGUUCCACAGAUGGGCUCUCUGGAGAUUUCUUGCGAUCAGGAAGAUAUUCUGCCCAUACCAUCAAUGGUGCUUGGUCAGCAUGGACUCCUUGGUCCCAAUGCAGUCGAGACUGUAGCCGAGGCAUUCGAAACCGUAAACGGGUCUGUAACAACCCUGAACCCAAAUACGGAGGACUUCCUUGUCUAGGUCCAUCACUGGAAUACCAGGAAUGUAACAUCUUGCCCUGUCCAGUUGAUGGUGUUUGGUCUUGUUGGUCACCAUGGUCAAAGUGCUCAGCCACCUGCGGAGGUGGACACUAUAUGAGAACUCGUUCAUGUACAAACCCUGCCCCAGCAUAUGGAGGAGACAUAUGCCUUGGGCUCCAUACUGAAGAGGCCCUCUGCAACACACAACCAUGUCCAGAUAGCUGGUCUGAUUGGUCAGACUGGUCUGAGUGUGACUCUUCUGGAACUCAAUUCCGGGUCCGUCAGUGUAUCAUUUUAUUUCCUGUGGGCAACCAAUGUUCUGGAAAUACCACAGAAAGUCGGUCUUGUGUUUUUGAUUCCAACUUCAUUCCAGAAAUAUCUGUUGCAAGAUCAAGUAGUGUAGAAGAGAAAAGAUGUGGUGAGUUCAACAUGUUCCAUAUGAUUGCAGUGGGAUUAAGCAGCUCUAUUCUUGGUUGCCUUCUUACCCUGCUUAUCUACACAUAUUGCCAGCGAUACCAGCAGCAGGCUCAUGAUGCUACUGUCAUCCAUCCAGUCUCACCAGCUCCUCUUAAUACAAGCAUAACUAACCACAUCAACAAACUGGAUAAAUAUGAUUCUGUAGAAGCCAUCAAGGCAUUUAACAAAAACAACUUGAUCCUAGAGGAAAGAAACAAAUACUUCAAUCCACAUCUCACUGCAAAGACCUAUUCUAACGCCUAUUUUACAGAUCUCAAUAAUUAUGAUGAGUACUAAUAGUUCUUCUAUUUUGGGUCUCUUAUAAUUCCCCUGUUCCCCAAGGCCUGUGCUACAUGACUGCCCAUGUGUUUGAGGCUUCAGAGAUGAAGUUUGGAGACAUUUCAAGCACACUUCAAACCAUCAGUGUCCCAUUGCUGCCAAAAAUACGUGCCCUAUCACAACAAAACUCUGUGUGACAUCAUGAAAAUUUGGUCAGCACCUGUUCAUAUUUGAAUGAGCCAUGAGAAAUACUGUAUGCCGCUGUGUGUGAAGUUUUAUAAUUGUGGUCAGUCAAAUUUCUCUAACAAAUUGAGGAUUAUUUUCUUGAGCUUUUUUUGUAAUUGUGCUACCUGCCUUUGGAGAUUCCAUUAAAUAUACUACCAUUGGCUUCCUUUAGGUAUGCCCUUUCAAGAUAUUCUAGAAGACAAAUAUGAGCAAUUAAUGAUGAAUCUCUCUAAAUUGAAGUAUUUAGAUCUACACAACACUGGAUAAAAUGUCGAAGGAAAAAAAUUACUGUACAGAUGUUCCACAGUGACCCCAGAUGUUCCCCAAUCUAAAAAAUGUUCUGGCUGGAAUGUUUGGAAGCAACAUCUUUUUUUUGGAUUGGAAAUGGAAUCUAGCCUGAGUAAGCCAGGAAACAUGAGAUGGCUUAAUUCUGCUAAGAAAAUUACAUGAACCCUUGAGGCAACUCAAGCUUUUAUCUUGUCACAUUAAUUAUUUUUGUUGCUAGUUGGGGAAGAGGGUAGAGAGAUGAGGUGCAGAUUCCAUUUGAAAGUUUCUACAUGUUACUGGUUAACUAGUUUUUCCCCUAAAAUUUGGACGUGCAUGGCAUUCCAAAGUACUCCCCUCCAUGUUGUUUGCACAAGGGAUCCACACAUCUGGGCCAUUGAGAUGCUCAAGGAGGCCAACCAUGAACUAACUAAGUGCAUAAUAAUUGACUUACCAUUCCUUGCUUGGCUGGCUAGGGAACAAAUGAACAAUACAGAACUGCUUUUCUGGUUACAAAUCUCUGUUUGCCAAUGCCUGGUUUUCUGACAAAUAUCAUAACAGUUGUGUUAUGAAAGGCAACUGUUGCCAUCCUCCUGAAGUAUCUGAUAUAUGUUAAACAACUCCUGACAAGCAUUAAUGAUGUUUAAAUUGGGCUUCCUAUAAGCCAGAUGCUGUAAAUAGUUAAUACUAUCUAAAUUUUAAGCUAUCAUUUUCUGCCUGGAACUUAAGGGAAGGGCACUGAAAACUAGUCUUUACCUUUGGUGCCACUGCCCUUGUUCUCAGAGUACCUUCUGUUGUUACAACAUGUCAACCUACAUCUGAGGCAAUUAACUUCAAGGAUUGCCAUACAAAGACAAAGAAAUAUCUGUCAAUUGGCCCAGAGGUUCUGAGAAAUAUUUUUUGGUAAAAGAAACAUUUCAGUGCUUUAGUAUUUAGCACUAUCCACAGACAUUUCCCAGAAGGUUGAAAAAAGCCAAAUUAUUGGAUGUAAACAGAUGCUACACAACUGUUGUAUUGUGUAAUGCUAUUUGAACGAUUUCUUUUAAAGUGAAAACAACAGUAAAACUCACUUCACCUGAAGAACUCUUGGCAUUCUGACAAAAACAAAACAAAACAAAAACACACAAACAAACUGAUAAAUGUAUGCAGAAGUUACAUUUAGCAGAAAACCAACCUUGAUAACUUGCAAAACUGUACUGUAACUAUAUUGAAUGACAUAGAUUCUUUUAAGGCUGUUCGGAUGGGAAAGUCUUACUCUGUAAACACCUAGGCAAGAAUUUAAGGUUAGAAAAAGCCCAUGAUCUACCAUGUAUUACUGUUAAAUUGAGAAAAGUUUCUCCUCUAUGCAUAUUUUUAAGGACUACUCUGUGGAGAAGUUUUAAAAGGCAGAUGAUCUCUGGGAAUCUGAUGGCAUCUGGGUGCAGUGCCUCCAGGGUGCUUCUCCAAUGAAGAGCUCAUUUUGUAUCAUAGGUGUUAUUUGGAUGCAUCAUCAGAUUGUGUUGUGUGUAUGUGGAUUUAUGUUUAAUGAAUGAAACGCAGAACAGCUUCCUCAUUGUUUUUGCUAUUUGUGGUGUUUGUUUUGAUUUCUUCAUAGAAGCCUCAGCCUAUCCCAUUACUUCUCCAUAAAGACCAAGUACUAUCCCUGGUUAGUUCUUUAUUUCUAUUUAUUUCUAUUUCCCCUCUAAAUGAUUUUCUUGUCUUAAGAAGUGAUGCUAUUUUUCCCACUAGGAAAAAAGAAAAGUAAUGCUUCCAGUUCAAUUCACUAGAUGCAAAAGUUUUUUAGAAUGAUAGUCAAUCUGCUAUUAUAAUCAGUUUUCUGCAGCUUCUU